AUCACAUCGAACUGCGUGCGUUGUUUAUUGUAACUUUCUUGUGUAAAAUGUGAUUGUAUAUUAAAUCAAUUCAAGUGCUCUCCACUAAACAGUUGUUCUCGCCUUCAUCAAAUAUGGGAAAAACACAGUUUGAUAAAAACUGGCUUCAACAAACUGAUGCCAAUGGUACAUUGUUUGGGUCCUACAUCAUAGUUGACGACAAAGUAAAUAAUGCGGUGUAUUGCAAAGUUUGCAACAGAAAAAAGAUAUGCUUCGAGAAUCGGGGUUUUAUCGCAUUAAAGGAUCACGCAAAGUCAACUAAACAUCAAGAUUUAUUGAAAUUGUUCGAUGACACCAAGCAGCUGCGUUUGACUCCAUCGGAGUCAAGUAAGAUCCUCUCAAAGUCUUCACAAAAUAAUGUGAGUAACCAGGACGAAUUAUUUACCAUUAGUCCGAAACCGUCUACUUCUAAAGAAACCCAGCAAGCACAACUUCGUCUACAUAUCACUGAUGGAGAUAUUAUUAAAAAAGAGAUUACGUGGGUUAUCCACAGCGUAAUGAAGCAUUCCUCGUUUCACGCAGCUGAAAAGGAUUCGAAUGUUCUCAAAAUAAUUGCUCCAAACGAUCUGAGAGGUUUUUCUCUCUACCGCCAGAAAAUGACUGACAUGGUCAAUGAGGCCAUUGGGCCCUAUUUCCGGGAGCUAUUCCUAAAGGACGUUAGGGGCGAAUACUUUUCGUUUCUCUUUGAUGAAACGGAAGGAAACAAUAAACGCAAGGAAUUGGAAAUUACCAUAAAAUAUUUCUCGAAGCGUCUACAAACACUUAUGUUUUUUCACCUCGAUUCUGUUUUUCUGGGAAAAGCAACGGCGGACAUAAUGCUCGAAAAGAUAUUGCAAUCCUUGGAAAAGGCCAAACUUCCCCUGGCCAACUUGGUGAUGGUUGGAAGAGAUGGCCCCAAAGUAAACCAAUCAUUGGAACGAAAAAUCAACAGUAAGCUGGUAGGCGAACGAGGAUUUGAGCUGGUGAACAUCGGAUCUUGCCCUGCACAUAUUGUGCACAACGGAAUUAAAUAUGCACUUAAAGAAUAUGGAUCGGAGGUUUCAGAGUUGGCAAAAGUAGUUUACUAUUACUUUGAAGUGCCGGCUCGAUGGGAUCAGUUUGUAACCGAUAGUAAGUGUAAGCCCAAGAAGUUCGUGAAGUUUGUAGAUACGCGCUGGGUGCAGCUAGGUAGUGCCGCAUCUGUACUACUAGAAAACUAUAGUCAGUUAAUGUUACUCAAAACAAAGCUUGCCCGUAUGGAAGAAAAGCGGUUAACAUUCCACGAAAAAGUUCCGAAAGAUCUCCUUAUCAAAGCAAGAUUUGCCAGGCAAGCACACGCAGCAAAGCAAGAGCUGAAGAAAGGGGAGAAAAGGAUAAACGAAGAGAAGAAGAAAGAGAAACUGAUAGAAGAAAAGUAA